CGACGAGCACAGUCGCGAGGGUGACUAGCGGCCAAGGCGGCAGCGGCCCCUGCGCUUUGCGGUCCCCCAGUCCACGCCGCCUCCGGAUCUGCUCCUAGCCGGGACACCCUGUGACGAGUUCAACUGUGGACCCCGAGAACUGGGGAGCUCUGGAGGGCGGACGGGCGGGCAAUGUGGGGGAGCCCCUGUCCCGGAGGGCAGGGCGCUUCUCAGGAGCUGAGCGGGCCAGCAGUUCUCGCAGUGUCGAGCUGCUCCUCUGGCGCGUAGGAGCGCUCGGUGUCUUCCCGACCGCUGGGCACGCCGCCAAAGAGAGCAGCCGGGAGUCCCUGUCGCUGGCCCGGCGCGGUGUGCGCUCUGGUUCCCACCUUACCCUGCAAACCCGGGGGUCCUGGGCGGAUGGAGCCGGCUAUUCUGGGGCUCCCAGGAUUCUGCCUGCCCCGCGGCACGGCGCAGAGAUGGGGACUUGGGGGAAACUGCAGACCUUCCUCCCGACGCAUGAGUGUGGCAUUUGGGGUUCGGAUUCUCCCAAGGCCAGAGUCCGGGUUAGGGUUCUUGAAGCUGCCCAGCUGCCAUUCUUGAGCGUCGCCUUAGAAGUAUGCCCCAGUAAGGACUGGUGUGGGAAGCAGGUGCCUUAAAGUUGAUUUUGACCCUGCAUGUGGUGGGCCUCGGUUUCGCCUCUGCUUGAAAGAGGCCAGUCCCGGUACCCCGGGCUGGGUCCUGCUCUGCUGUCCCUGGGCUCAUGGCCCCUUCCUGUCUCAGGCUUGCUCUGCCCUUUGCCUGGGGUUGGUGUCGAGGACCCUGUGCAAGACUCGGCCUGUUUUUCUUUUCUCCCCGAUGGACAGACCCAAACAUAGCCGUGCAGCAUCGUGAAGGGCUGGGGUUUUCGCGUCUGUGGCCCUGGAAGGGCGCGGUUUCCCCAGGAGGUAAAGGAAUGCUCCUGUCCCCCUGGGGGAAAGAAGGUGAAAACGAAAGCGCCCUGGCUGCUCCAGGGCUGGGGUUUUUGCGUCUGUGGCUCUGGAAGGGCGCGGCUUCCCCAGGAGGUAAAGGAAUGCUCCUGUCCCCCUGGGGGAAAGAAAGUGAAAACGAAAGCGCCCUGGCUGCUCCUGGUGUGGUCCCAUUUAAAACGAGGUUGCUGAAGGCUAGGACGCGUGCUACCCGGAUGUGUGCCCAGAGACCCUGCAGCCAAGAGCAGCCGCCUGGACCACCAACCUCCCCUUCAUCCAGCUGGCCCAGCCCAGAGCCCAGGCCCACGUCUGGUGGAUUGUGUCUUAUGAGAGGCCAGGCAGGGGCUAACUUCUCUCGGUUCUCAGAAGGUCGAGCCCUCUAUUAGCAUCUCCUGGAACAGUGGGCAGAGGGCAAGGUGGUGACUCUGUUCAGUCCUUAGGAUGGCUGGAAGCCAGAAGAAGGAGAUUAAGCGGCCAGAGCAGGAAGUGCAUUUCCAGGAAAGCGGCUGCUGGGGCAGCAUGGGAGCCCAGUCCAGGGAGCGUUCUGGCAGAGACCAUUCUGGAACGUGGAUCUGUGCUGGCGGCUCCCAGGAGACCUUCCAUCUUGGAGCUCCUGUGGAGACCACGUGCCUGGCAGGUUCUUACAGUUGUGGGUUGUGUGGCUUCUUGCCAGGCAGCUGACUGGGGUUUGCGACUGUGGGUUGGUGAGAGUGGAGAACACAGAAUGUUGUUUGCUGGAAUGCUUCUCUCUGCCCACAGGAAGACACCUUUGGCACGUGUAUUCUGGUCAGGGCAAAGUCAGGUUCUGUGAUUUCAACCCCAAGAUUGUAGGAGCCAUGAGGCCUGGGCCACAAUUUUCUCCCUUGGUUGUGCUCCAUGGAAGGUGGCUUUGGUGUCCGCUCUGCCAUUGGUCUCUCCCCAGGCAGGCAGGCAUCCUGUGCCCCCACCUUGUCUCCAAUGGUGGUGUGGCUGUGCUUCUGCAAGGCCCGCAUCCACUCACUGUCUGCCCUUUGCACUCUCUGGCUGGCCAGGGCCCCCGUAGUCUGCUCAUUGUGCCCUCACGCUUGGGCAGAGCCGAACUCGGGACCCAGGAAGAGCAGAGUGUUGGCCCGCCCAGAGUUCUUGGCAAUUGGUGUAUCAUGUGUGCCUCGUGCCCUGUGCUGGGUGAGAGUGGGCACAACUGUGCAGACAAUGCCCUUGGCAAGGCCAGAGCCUGGAACCCUGCCUGGCAGCAGCUGGGCAAACUGGUGUCUUCUGCCUGUGGGCCCAGCCUCACCUCAGUAGCUUAGCGCUCCCCCAGGAGGGAGGAAGGGAGGCCUGGAAGCCUGGGCUUGGUGGGGUAAGAGUGGUGCAGGGGCAACACCUGUGGAGGAAGCAGGCAGGGUUGGGUCCCACCAGCGUCUGCUGUCUGCUCUGUGCUGGGUUGCAUCUGUUGGUGUCUGAUAGUUGUCAGGGCUCUGUGGUGAAGAGACACACCUGCCGCUCACUGCUUGCGAGGAAAGGGGGAGAUCCCCAACCCAGGAGCCAGAGAUGGGACUCCAGCUCCCACAUUCCCAGGAGUUGGAAGUGAAGCAUGAGCUCCCCAAUUCCUGGGAGUCGGGGAUGGGGUGUGGUGUCGAGGAGGGGAUGGAGGAGACCAGUGUCUUGUGGUGGUUUGGUGGGAUCCUCAGAAGGCGUGGCUCUCCCCUUUCUGAGGACACACAAACUCCCAGAGUUUCUGGCGAUUGAUGUGCCACGUGUGCCUUGUGCCCUGUGCUGGGCAAGUGUAGGCACAGCUGUGCAGACGACACCCUUGGCGAGGCUGGAGCCUGGACCCCUGCCUGGCAGCAGCUGGGCGAACUGGUAUCUUCUGCCUGUGGGUCCAGCCUCACCUUGGUAGCUUAGUGCUCCCUCAGGAGGAAGGAGGGGAGGCCUGAUCAGUGGAGGUCACCGCUGUGUUUCCUUCCGUGUAGAUUUGUAGUCAUGUAGCAUCUAGGUUCAGACCCGAAAAGCUUGGAGCCAGGGGCUAGGGGAAACAGGGCAGGACCAGCCUCGGGGUAGCCCUGUCGGACCCACCAGUGCCAUGCUGGCUGUGGGUUGGCAGGGCGGAGUGACCUUAAGAAGGGCCAGCUCUGGAGCAACAGGGCAGAAGCUCACAUGGGGUCCAGCCCACAGGACCGUCUGAGUAGUGCUCCCAUAUCAGGUCCUUUGAAGCGCAUGAUCUAGCUUAACUUUUUCUCCUUCAUAUUGGAAAAGUCACCAUAAGAUCGUCAAGUCUUAAUUUCUGUUAUCUUGAUGCUUCAAGUAGGUGUGUAGCUAUUGCUGGAUGUGUCCUGAGAACUGCACCCCUUCCACCCUGGCGAGAAGCAGGGGCUCCAGAAAUUCAUGCAAGCGGCAUGGCUCAUUGAUUGUGGGAGACUCUGGGGGGCUUCUAGCUAGUGCAUUAGGGGAACCAGGCUGUGGGGGUUGAAGGGCUCACUGACUGGGAGAAGCUGAAUGGAUGAAGAACCCUGGCCACUGUGGUGCGUGCUGAUGGUUGGCUGGCACAUAGAGGAGGUGGCAGGGCUGGAGAGGCCUGAGCUAAGCGCAGGAGCAAGUUCUGUGGGUGGGAGAGCCAGGAGGGCACGGAGGGCAUGCUGAGCUGAAAACGACAUGUGCUUGUGACAAAAAGCCCAGAAGAGGCAGUAAGGAGGGAGGAGUGUAUCCCUUACGGAGAGUACAUGGACUUCUGGGUGGGUGCCCUGCAGUUCCCUUCCUCCUGAGUCUUUUUAACUGGGGGUCUGGUGUGUUUGUGAUCAGUGACAUGUAUGCCUGUGCAUGUGUGCCUGUGUGGGUACACAUGUGUGGUGUGUGUGCAUUUGCGUGCGUGUGUGUGCUGCGUGUGCAUGCAUGUGUGUGUGUUUGUGGUAGGUUUGUGCACACAUCCUGCAUACCUUUGUGCCUGGGAGUGGCAUGUGUGUGGUGGGUGUCCCUGUGCAUGAUGGAGUUGCAGCCGUGGUGCAUUUGUGAGAUUACCUCGGUGGCCUAAAUUGGGGAUUAGGAGGGCAUCCUCAGGUCCUUCCCACUGUCUGCUCGUCUGCCCACAGGCGGCUGUGCCCCAAACAGGAGGAGACCAUCCACGCCUCACCUGAGUUGUGUCCAAGGUUUGCGCGUCGCCAGGGGUCUGUCCACUUCCCUCUGCCCUGGUCCCUGAACACAGCUGCAGUGCAUGGCCCCACUCCUCAGCUCUGCUCUCCACCCCAACUUGAAGAUGCUGCCCUGGCCCUGUGUGCAGCUCACGUGGCCUGGGAGGUCAGGGCAGGUGCAGGUCUUGGGACAGGAGCUGGAGCUGUCUUUUCCUUCCUGCACAACCGCAGAGCAGGUGGACAGGGCUGCUUCCCUGCAAGGGCCGAAGGCCAGGCCCCCUGGGGAUUUAUUCCUGGCUUAGAAGGGCGGGGCCAGAAGCAGGCGUGGUGGGGAUUAGGGACUCAGCACCCUCAGCUCUCAGUCCAGCAGACAGACCCGCCCCAGGCUGGCCACAGAGGCCGCAUCCCAACAAACAGGCAUGUCGGGCCCCAGGCCUGUGGUGCUGAGCGGGCCUUCGGGAGCUGGGAAGAGCACCCUGCUGAAGAGGCUGCUCCAGGAGCACAGCGGCAUCUUUGGCUUCAGCGUGUCCCAUACCACAAGGAACCCGAGGCCUGGCGAGGAGAACGGCAAAGAUUACUACUUUGUAACCAGGGAGGUGAUGCAGCGUGACAUAGCAGCCGGUGACUUCAUUGAGCAUGCCGAGUUCUCAGGGAACCUGUAUGGCACGAGCAAGGCGGCGGUGCAGGCUGUGCAGGCCAUGAACCGCAUCUGCGUGCUGGACGUGGACCUGCAGGGUGUGCGGAACAUCAAGGCCACCGAUCUGCGGCCCAUCUACAUCUCUGUGCAGCCGCCCUCACUGCAUGUGCUGGAGCAGCGGCUGCGGCAGCGCAACACUGAAACGGAGGAGAGCCUGGCGAAGCGGCUGGCUGCUGCCCGGGCCGACAUGGAGAGCAGUGAGUGUGCCGUGGGACCACCAGGACAUGCCAGGAGGGUUCUGAGACCUUUGGCACCAGGGACCCUGUGGGUCCCCAGACCUCCUGACACCUGGAGUCCCUGCAAGGAGCCCGGCCUUUUUGAUGUGGUCAUCAUCAACGACAGUCUGGACCAGGCCUACGCAGAGCUGAAGGAGGCGCUUUCUGAGGAAAUCAAGAAAGCUCAAAGGACCAGCGCCUGAGGCUUGCUGUCUAUUCUUGGCACCCCAGGCCCAUACAGGACCAGGGCAGCAGCACUGAGCCGCCCCCUUGGCAGGUGAUAAUGGCAGCUCUGCGCCCUUGGCCAGCACAUGGAGUGGAGGGGAUGCUGCCCCUGUGGUUGGAACAUCCUGGGGUGACCCCUGACCCAGCCCCACCGGGCUGUCCCCUGUCCCUAUCUCUCAUGUUGGACCCGGGGUUGACAUCCUAAUAAAAUAACUGUUGGAUUAGAAAGUCCA